UUCCUGGAGGUGGGGCGUCGGGAUCCGGAAACACCUGAGCUGUUGCGGGUCAUCUGUAUCUUUAUCUUGAACGCCCAGGAGGUGUUUUUCCUGGCUGGAUCUGGUGUCCAGGGUCUGAGGUGUCUUUUCUCUAGGUCUCCUUGGGCAAUCGGAGGCUGCCGCAACCUGGGCCGAGCCGCCUGGUGCCCUCUCGUGGGGCCCCCCAUUUGCUCGGGCCAUGCCCACGGCCGCCGCUCCCAUCAUCAGCUCGGUCCAGAAGCUGGUUCUGUAUGAGACCAGAGCUAGAUACUUUCUGGUUGGGAGCAAUCAUGCAGAAACAAAAUACCGUGUUUUGAAAAUUGAUAGAACAGAACCAAAAGAUUUGGUCAUAAUUGAUGAUAAGCAUGUGUAUUCUCCACAAGAAGUGAGAGAACUUCUUGGCCGCUUGGAUCUAGGAAAUAGAACAAAGAUGGGACAGAAAGGUUCCUCUGGGCUAUUUCGAGCUGUUUCUGCUUUUGGUGUUGUAGGUUUCGUCAGGUUUUUAGAAGGCUAUUACAUUGUGUUAAUAACUAAGAGGAGGAAGAUGGCGGAUAUUGGAGGUCAUGCAAUAUAUAAGAUUGAAGAUACAAAUAUGAUCUAUAUACCCAAUGACUCUGUACGAAUUACUCAUCCUGAUGAAGCUAGGUAUUUACGAAUAUUUCAGAAUGUGGACCUGUCUAGCAAUUUUUACUUUAGUUACAGCUAUGAUUUGUCCCACUCACUUCAAUAUAAUCUCACUGUCUUGCGAAUGCCCCUGGAGAUGUUAAAGUCAGAAACGACCCAGACUCGCCAGGAGAGUUUCGACAUCUUUGAAGAUGAAGGAUUAAUUACACAAGGUGGAAGCGGCGUAUUUGGGAUCUGUAGUGAGCCUUACAUGAAGUAUGUGUGGAAUGGUGAACUUCUGGAUAUAAUUAAAAAUACUGUGCAUCGUGACUGGCUGUUGUAUAUUAUUCAUGGAUUCUGUGGACAGUCGAAGCUGUUGAUCUAUGGACGACCAGUGUAUGUCACCCUCAUAGCUAGAAGAUCCAGUAAGUUUGCUGGGACCCGUUUUCUCAAGAGAGGUGCAAACUGCGAGGGUGAUGUUGCUAAUGAAGUGGAGACUGAGCAAAUACUCUGCGAUGCUUCUGUGAUGUCUUUUACUGCAGGAAGUUACUCUUCUUAUGUGCAAGUUAGAGGAUCAGUUCCUUUAUACUGGUCUCAGGACAUUUCAACCAUGAUGCCUAAACCACCUAUUACAUUGGAUCAGGCAGAUCCAUUUGCACACGUGGCUGCCCUUCACUUUGAUCAGAUGCUUCAGAGGUUUGGCUCCCCCAUCAUCAUCCUGAAUUUAGUGAAGGAACGAGAGAAAAGAAAGCAUGAGAGAAUUCUCAGUGAAGAACUCGUAGCUGCUGUGACGUACCUCAACCAGUUUUUGCCUCCUGAGCACACUAUUAUUUACAUCCCUUGGGACAUGGCCAAGUACACCAAAAGCAAGCUGUGUAAUGUUCUUGACCGACUAAACGUGAUCGCAGAAAGUGUGGUGAAGAAAACAGGUUUCUUUGUAAACCGCCCCGAUUCUUACUGUAGCAUUUUGCGGCCAGAUGAAAAGUGGAAUGACCUAGGAGGAUUUGUGAUUCCCACUGGUCGCCUGCAGACUGGUGUUCUUCGAACCAACUGCGUGGACUGUUUAGAUCGCACCAACACAGCACAGUUCAUGGUGGGAAAAUGUGCUCUGGCUUAUCAGCUCUAUUCCUUGGGAUUGAUUGACAAACCUAAUCUGCAGUUUGAUACAGAUGCAGUCAGGUUAUUUGAGGAACUCUAUGAAGAUCAUGGGGAUACCUUGUCCCUUCAAUAUGGUGGUUCUCAACUUGUUCAUCGUGUAAAAACCUACAGAAAGAUAGCGCCGUGGACCCAGCACUCAAAAGACAUCAUGCAGACCCUGUCUAGAUAUUACAGCAAUGCUUUUUCAGAUGCUGAUAGACAAGAUUCCAUUAAUCUCUUCUUGGGAGUUUUCCAUCCCAUGGAAGGGAAACCUCAUCUCUGGGAACUCCCAACAGAUUUUUAUUUGCAUCAUAAAAACACCAUGAGACUUUUACCAACAAGAAGUUAUACUUACUGGUGGACACCAGAGAUAAUAAAACAUUUACCGCUGCCUUAUGAUGAAGUUAUCUGUGCUGCGAACUUAAAGAAGUUGAUGGUGAAGAAAUUUCACAAAUACGAAGAAGAGAUUGACAUCCACAACGAGUUCUUCCGACCAUACGAAUUGAGUAGUUUUGAUGACACCUUUUGCUUAGCUAUGACAAGUUCAGCACGUGACUUUAUGCCUAAGACUGUUGGCAUUGAUCCAAGUCCAUUUACUGUGCGUAAACCAGAUGAAACCGGAAAAUCAGUAUUGGGAAACAAAAGCAAUAGAGAAGAAGCUGUGUUACAGCGGAAGACAGCAGCCAGCGCCCCGCCACCCCCCAGCGAGGAGGCUGUGUCCAGCAGCUCUGAGGAUGACUCGGGGACCGAUCGGGAAGAGGAGGGCUCUGUGUCACAGCGCUCCACUCCAGUGAAGAUGACCGACACGGGCGACAGUGCCAAAGUGACCGAGAAUGUAGUCCAGCCCAUGAAAGAGGUAUAUGGAAUUAACCUCUCGGAUGGCCUCUCAGAAGAAGAUCUCUCCAUUUAUUCGAGAUUUGUUCAGCUGGGUCAGCGUCAACAUCAACAAGACAAGAGCAGCCAGCAGCUCUGUUCCAGGUGCCCAGAUGGAGUUAUAAAAUUGUAAGUACUCGAUUAGACC